AUGUCAUACAAAUAUUGGAAUCUCUCAUUAUUUGUUAUGGAAUACGCCGCCACCAUCGUCGUCGGCGAGACAGGCAGCGGCAAGUCCACACAGAUCCCUCAGUACCUUAAGGAGGCUGGUUGGGCUGAUGGUGGUCGACUUAUUGGAUGCACUCAGCCCAGGCGAUUGGCUGUGCAGACGGUUGCAUCAAGGGUAGCUGAAGUAGGCAUGAAACUUGGAGAAGAAGUUGGUUAUACAAUCCAAUUUGAAGAUCAAACAAAUCCGGGUAUGACCAUGAUAAAAUUUCUCACAGAUGGGGUAUUGAUUAGAGAAAUGAUGGAAGAUCCUCUUCUUACCAAAUAUAGUGUAAUUAUGGUGGAUGAAGCUCAUGAAAGAUCCAUCUCAACCGACAUGUUGCUGGGACUCCUGAAAAUGAUUCAGCGUCGCCGGCCCGAGCUGCGUCUGAUCAUCUCCUCUGCAACAAUCGAAGCAAGAUCAAUGUCAACUUUCUUCAACAUUAGGCGGAAGAAUUCCUUGCUCGGGUCUUCUGAUGAUUUGCCCAACCCAGAACCUGCUAUACUUUCUGUUGAAGGUAAAGGAUACACCGUGGAAAUUCAUUAUGUUGAAGAACCUGUCUCAGACUACUUACGGGCUGCUGUGAAUACUGUACUUCUUAUUCAUGAAAAGGAAUCACCAGGGGAUAUCUUGGUAUUCUUAACUGGUCAGGAUGACAUAGACGCUGCUGUUAAGUUGCUGAAUGAAGAAAUUCAGCACCUCGGAAGACACUAUUUGGACUUGCUGAUUUUGCCCUUGUACUCUGGCCUUCCGCGUGGAGAUCAAGAUCUCAUUUUCGCUCCUACUUCAAAAGGAAAAAGAAAAGUUGUGUUAUCAACCAACAUUGCCGAGACGUCGUUGACUUUGGAGGGUGUGGUGUAUGUUGUUGAUAGCGGAUUUUCCAGGCAGAAGUGUUAUAAUCCGAUUUCUGACAUCGAGAGUUUAGUUGUUACACCAAUAUCCAAGGCCUCUGCAAGACAACGAGCAGGCAGAGCUGGAAGGGUGCGGCCUGGGAAGUGCUUUAGGCUUUAUACAGAGGAAUAUUAUCUUAAUGAAAUGCAGUCAGAAGGAAUUCCAGAAAUGCAAAGGUCCAACUUGGUCUCCUGCAUCAUACAGUUAAAAGCCCUAGGCAUAGACAACAUUCUUGGCUUUGAUUGGCCAGCUUCUCCAUCUCCAGAGGCAAUGAUUCGGGCUCUUGAAGUUCUAUUCUCCCUAGGAAUCCUUGAUGAAGAUGCCAAAUUAACAGUACCCAUUGGUUUCCAAGUUGCUGAGAUCCCUCUGGACCCCAUGAUUUCAAAAAUGAUCUUGUCAGCAAAUGAUUUUGGAUGCUCUGAUGAGAUAUUGACCAUAGCAUCAUUUCUAUCUGUUCAAGUUAGAAUUUCCGUGUGGGUUUCUGUGAGGGGAGUGAAAAAGGAAUUUGAUGAAGCCAAGCUUCGAUUUGCUGCUGCUGAGGGAGAUCAUGUAACAUUUCUGAAUAUAUACAAAGGAUUUCACCAGUCUGGAAAAUCUAGCCAAUGGUGUUACAAGAACUUUUUGAAUUUCCAAGCAUUGAAGAAAGUCGUUGAAAUUAGGGGCCAGCUUCUCAGGAUAGUGAAGGGUUUUGGAAUACCGCUGAAAUCAUGUGACAGAGAUAUGCAGGCAGUUAGAAAGGCCAUUAUUGCCGGUUCAUUUGCUAAUGCAUGUCAUCUGGAGGAAUACAGCCAAAAUGGAAUGUAUAAGACGAUUAGGACAUCACAAGAAGUGUACAUUCAUCCAUCUUCAGUUCUCUUUAGGGUCAAUCCAAAGUGGGUUGUUUACCAGUCUCUUGUUUCAACCGACAAGCACUACAUGCGGAAUGUUAUUGCCAUUGAACCGUCAUGGCUUACAGAAGCUGCACCACAUUUUUAUCAGUUCCGAACACCCAAUCCAGCUCUCCACUAACUUAACUCUGGUAAUUUAUUUUGGUUAGUAGAUUGUCUUUUCCUUCCAUUCAACAAUGGUGUGAAGUUUUAACAAUGACUUAAUGGACUCAAGGUGUUUACACCUUUUUCCCCA